UGACAUUGAGAAUGAACGGUUCCUGGAACGCAAUCUAUGGAUGUACGAAUCCAAUCUUUCAAAGGAGGGCAUUGCAAAUUUUCACAAUUUGCAUCAAUGGGCUGAUAAGCAGGAAAAUCUACAAUGGAGAAAGCAGGAAAAGCCAUUGGAUCAGAGAGAGAAGCACAGAAAAGAAGGAGAAGGACAAAUUAGAAGUAUAAAGGAUCUGACAGAUAGGGAACAGCGAGCUAUGAGAAAGAUAUGGAGAGAGAAAACUAAAAGAUAUAGGGAUCGCGUGAGGCAAAAAACUAUUGUUAAUUAUCCAGAGUCACCGCCGCCCUCGGACCAUGAAGAUCCACACUUCAAUCCUCAAAUAUUGGACAAUAGAGCUUCAGGUGCCAAAAGACGCUCAGAGAAACAGCGGAAACGGAGAAAUGAGCUUGAGAACGUGGAAGAAGUUAAAAAGCAUCUGUUAUUCAGUGAGGUAGUUCAAAAUCAACUAAAAGAAAAUAUAAGGCAUACCAAAAAGAAAAAUGUGAAGACACUGUUUCGUAAAGUAUUGAGUGGUAGGUUUGUUAAAAAGUACAAUGUUUUAAGCCAAAUUGAUAUGAAGCCUAUGAAACGAUUACCCACUGAGGGAAGAAGUUUGCUAGACGUGACAAGGAGAACAAGAAUGAAUGAAACUAGAGAGAAGAUAAAGAACGAAUUUGACAACUCUCGUUUGAUCAAGCAUUUUGCGUGGCAAAUUGUGACCGAGAAUAUUUUAGACAAGAAGCUUGAAAAAAGCCGCAAGAUUCGUAAGUAUACUAAACAAACUUCAUACUGCGCUCCGAAGAACAUUGUCAUGAAGCUUGAGGCCAACUUGGGCAGUUUUUUCAAACAUGAGGCAAAUAUUGUACAUCAGUAUCAGACAAUCAAACAUUUAAAGGAUAAUCUAACUGACAGAGAUGCUGUCAUACAUAUGGACUUCUCGGAAAACUAUAAUACAAAGUUUUCAACAGAGGUACAAACAUUCCAUUUUGGUGGAUCACGCACACAAAUAUGUUUGCACACAGUUGUUGUGUAUACAAAGGCUAAAAUUCAAUGUUAUGCUACAAUGUCUGAAAAUCUUAGCCACAAUGUACCAGUAAUGUGGGCUCAUUUAAAACCGAUAAUGGAGCUUCUACCAAGUUCAGUGGAAAACAUACAUUUUUUGAGCGAUGGCCCUGUGACACAAUAUCGAAACAAAGAUAUGUUCUUCUAUUUGGCCUGCAAAUUAACUGAUUUAUAUCCAAACAUAAGUGAGUUCACGUGGAACUACCACGAAGCCGGUCACGGGAAAGGUGCUCCAGAUGGUGUAGGAGGAACAUGCAAACGCACUGCAGAUAAACUUGUGGCCUAUGGAAGUGACAUACCGACUAUUGAAGCCUUCGCCAAAGCUAUAGAAGAGCACUGCCCUGGAAUUAAAACGUUUGUAAUUUCUGAAGACGAUAUUGAGCAGCAAAAAUCUAUUAUUGAUGCUAAUCGGCUGCAGAUCAAACCGUUCGUAGGUACAUUAAAAGUACACCAAAUACGGGGAAAUGCUUUUCUAUGCCGUAAGGUAUUAAUGAAGAGGCUAAGUUGCUUUUGUAGCAGUAUGUGUAGUCACUUCAACAUUGGUGAAGUUAAUUAUCAGCAACAAACUUGUAACAAAAUGAGCACUUCUGAAAUAUUUACUGACUCUGAUGAAGAAAACAAUACACACCAAAGUGCCACCAAUGUGUAUAAGAGUAGCAGCUGCCAUGUAGAUGGUCCAUCUUUCUCAAAAUCGACUUAUGGAAAAUAUAAAAGUGGUGAUUUUAUUCUUGUUAAGUAUGAACACAAACACAAAGAAUUCAGAUAUACCAGUGUGUGCUCAUCAGAUUUUGAUGAAGAGAAUGAGGAGAUUCAAGUGACUUUAUUAAAGAUCUGUGAUAGUGAUGGCCUUCUUUUUAAAUUAGAUGAUAAUGACAUUUCCGACGUAAAGUUGGAACAAGUAUUAGAAAGACUGCCGGUGCCAAAUAUAGAAGAGUGA